AUGGCAACCAAUGGCGCGUACGGGGUCGAGGGCUGGUUUCCUGACAGCCGAGACUCAUGGAGGCUAGAUGCGAUUACUCUCUUGGCCGUCAUUGGGGAGUCAGAAAUUGAAGCUCACGCUCAAGCGAUUGAGGCCUCGGCACUUUGUCUCCUCCCUCGUAUCUUGCCAGCUCCACAAGCAUUACUGAAGCCCUCACGACCACAUCGAAUGCCAGACUUCCCGGCAAAGGUGGCUGGGGUUUAUUCCGGCGUUGUUCUGGAUACCCUCGGAUUUUUUGCCAAUAUUAUCCACCCUCUGGAUGACCUGCCAACCUAUGGCUUUAAGGUCAUUCAAGUCAAACACAGGGAUGGCGAGGAUCCAGGCUCAGUCGACACCACUUUUCCUGGCGAGAAGGAUAAGACGGAUGCUGCAAGACCCUACCAAAUGGAGGACCUGCGGCCUCGACAGCGUCGCCGGGAGGGUAGCAGGAGAAGCCAAUCCAGCAGCGGGUUGCGGCGUCAGAGUAGCGCUGCGUACACCUCAGACAUAGAACAAGGGAGCCUGUUCAGACAACACCCUAGCGAGAAGUCCAUCGAUCCUAUGUCGGAGACAUUUAUGGCGCUGACAGAGGAACGCCCGGUUAUCACCCCGAAGUGGAGCAGCCCGACCAAUUUCAUCUCAGCAGCAUCAUUCAUUCUCACAGGAGUCAUCAUAGGAAUGAUGAUAUACUGGAAGGAUGGGGUCGCCUUGCUCGCAGUGGGGAUCGUGUCACUUGGGACGUCCAUUGUAGGAUAUGCAUCGUGGUGGCGACCCGUGUUGAUGGUGCGCGCGCGGAGGGAUAAGGUCACCGCCGGAGACAUUGUCAUUCGUACGCAGCAGGGGGGCUUCAUCCUCGUUCAGUGCUCAGACGAGGUGGCGCGUGAGCUAUAUGCCGGCACGGCCGAGUGCGAAUAUCACGUCGGCGACCGGGCGCACAAGCUACUGAUGGCCUUGGGUACGGCAAUGCUCAUGGUCAGCAUCGUGCUGCUUGGCAACGUCGGGUUCGAGGGCCAGACCAUGGUUGGCGCCAGCUAUAUCGUGUUAAAUGGUGCUUACUGGUUGGCGAGCAUGGUGUCCAAGGAGCAUUAUUGGGACCUGUCCCGUUAUGAGUGGCGAGAUGUCACACCACGGGACGCGAGGCACGCCGACCGCACGACUGACCCAAACGACAUGUGUGACGGGUACCGGAGCUUUACCAGAACAAUGUGGUAUGUCAUCCGAGAGACGAAGGAUGCGCGCUGGGCGCAAAGGAGCGGCGCUGCGCCCGGUACGAGGAGAUGGAGGCAGUGGCUAAGGGAGGCCGAAGAACACGCGAGAGCGGGCAAUCGGAGGUGGGCUGCUGUACGACGAAGAGAUCACAUCUUCGCGGACGACGAGCCGGGUGUUGUAUGGGGCCAGACGAGUUUCCACCUUGCUCACCGGCAAUUGGGAGUCGCUGCAAUGCGCGAGGUGAAGCCACCUACCUAG